AUGGCAGCUACAAUCAAACCCAUCGAGGGACGAAGUGUCAUUGUAGACCUAUGUUCUGUCGUAAAGGAGUUAGUAGAAAACAGCCUUGAUGCCGGGGCCAACGUUAUAGAUGUGCGCUUCAAAAACCAAGGCCUGGAUUUGAUUGAAGUACAAGACAACGGCUCGGGCAUAUGCCCUGCCAAUUAUCCUUCUAUUGCCUUAAAGCACCAUACAUCGAAACUAUCCUCAUACUCUGAUAUUGCCUCCUUGACGACUUUUGGAUUCAGAGGGGAGGCUCUAGCAUCUUUAUGUGCUCUGUCGGUGGUAACAAUCACCACUUGCCUUGAAUCCGACGUUCCGAAGGGCUGCAAACUCGACUUCGAAAUCUCGGGCAAACUCGCAAGCACAACAGUGGUAGCAUCCCAGAAAGGAACUACAGUGUCGGUUGAAAAGCUGUUUCACAAUUUGCCUGUGCGUCGACGGGAGCUAGAGCGCAAUAUAAAAAGAGAAUGGCAUAAAGUCAUUGCCUUACUGAAUCAAUACGCUUGCAUUCAGACCAAUCUCAAAUUCUCUGUAUUUCAGCAGCCUACGAAGGGGAAGCGCAUCCUAUUAUUUUCCACCAAAAAUAACCCCACUACUCGUGAGAAUAUUAUCAAUAUAUUCGGGUCCAAGGCUAUGUCUACUCUCGUCUCCUUGGAUCUUCUGCUAGAAAUGCACUCACCAAAUGCCGGUCGAGACUUGCGGGGGAUCCUUCAAAUCGAUAAAGAGUCCAGGCAGGUGCGCGUCCUCGGCCAUGUUUCACGUCCAAUGCACGAGGACGGCAAACAAGCACCAGAUCGGCAGAUGUUCUUCGUUAACGGAAGACCCUGUUGCCUACCACAAUUUGCCAAGACAUUUAAUGAAGUUUAUAAAAACUACAAUAUGUCUCGGUCACCAUUCAUCUUCGCCAAUAUUCAGCUCGACACAAAUACAUAUGAUGUGAACGUCAGUCCUGACAAGAGGAGCAUCCUUCUUCAUGAUCAGAGUAUGUUGCUCGAUCGUCUUCGAUCAUCUCUGGUGAGCCUGUUCGACAGUCAUGAGUAUCAACUGCCUACAACUCAAAGUCUCGCCCCAGAGACCCGAAGCAAUCCAGUGUCUGUCGGUACGGAUAUGCAGUCAGUAUCUCUAUUUAGAGAAAACCGUCUUCGUGUCUCCAAACCCGAGCUUUCCACGGUUUCUCAUGGCGAACAAGAUAGUCACUCCCGAUCUAAACUCAACGCUGACCUAACAAAGGAGAAGUCAUCAGGAGUGGCAAUACAGAAAGCGCAGAGCUCCUCAGAGGGGAGAGCAAGAACCAAUAUCACAUCAGGAUCUCUUACCACAUGGCUUGAGAAUGUUGCGAACCCACCGUCAAUUUCGAACUCCGCUGAUCGAAAUGCACAUUUCGAAAGGAACCAGCCUAACAUAAGUUCACUUACCUCUAAUCGAAGGCCAGCAUUGAACGACUCAGAUACGGAGGGGCCCCCGCAAAGCGAAUCCACGAGGAGCGUAUUUGCCGAGGCCGAUACAGUUCCAAAGAAAGGAGUGGUGGAGGACCACGGAACCAAUUCCCACAACGUCAGUGAAGGCUUAUUGGAUUCAAGAAGUCCAGCAGCACCCUCUCGGAAUGCGAACUCUGGAGUAACAUCACCAUCUUCCGGUCACACAAAUGAACAUGGCGAAUCUGUGCGGCUUGGCCUGGAGAAGAGGCGGCACGAGGGAGUGGCACCGCAAACUCCAGAAAAAUCAUAUUCUUCUCACCCGCAAAUAUCAAAUCGCACUACAGAAUUGUCGGAUUUUUGUGAACUUCAAGGUGGAAUUGCCCAACUGACUUAUACAUCCGAACCCAACAAUGCUGGAGAUGCCAUACUUGGCGACAGCUUUCAUUCCCAGGAAAUGGCCAAAGGCAUUACGGACAACCUACAAGACGCUAGACUUGUAGUGUCAAGCUCCAGCAAACCACAAACUAAUGAAGACAAGCCCAUUCGCCAAUUUAUUUCUCACCAAAAUGAUAAAGAUAACGUGGCUCAAGGGGAUAACAAUGAGAGCCCUGGUAGACUUUCAAGUCGUAGAACCAGAGUGCUGGAAGCUGGGCUCCGCAACAAGUUUGCGACAGUCCAACAUUCGCAAAUCAUACGAGCAACUGAAAUCACGUUGGCGUCCCUUUCCCGCUCUUUGUUGGCAUCUUUGGUUGAAAAUAUUCCAGGCUCAGUUGAGGAGAGGGUAGCAGAUAUCACUGCUCCAGACGCCGAAUCAAAGCUUCCCCUGAUUAUAGCGAAAGAUGACUUUUCGAAGAUGAGAGUGGUUGGUCAAUUCAAUUUAGGGUUCAUCAUCGCAGUGCGCCCGAAAUCUCACUGGCAUGCAUGUCAUGAGAUUGGUGACACGGAUGAGCUCUUUAUAAUCGAUCAACAUGCUUCGGACGAAAAAUUUAAUUUUGAACGACUACAAGCGGAUACCGUGAUUCAGUCACAGCGACUUGUCUACCCCAAAACGCUCCAACUGACGGCCCUAGAGGAGGAAGUUGUUCUCGAGAACCUACCAGCCCUGGAGGCCAACGGUUUCAAGAUUCAAGUUGAUUCCACAGGAGCCUCGAUCACGACACAUUCCCAGACCAUCGAGAGUGCGGAAAAUGUUCGCAAUGAGGGCAUGUCGGAGCAGUAUCAUGAUUGGUAA